AUGUCCCGGAUUACAAUUUAUCAGGUCAAGCGGUACGCCAGUGUCUUCUUGACUCUUAUCACUCUGGUUUCAGAUGCUGGCAUAAAUGAUAUCGCUCGUGAUCCUGGGAAGGUGACUGACUUUUUGAAAGAAAGAUUUUGCUUGGAUCAACCUGACGAACCCGCUGUUAAUCGACUAGCUAGUCGAAUGACAGAGUCCGUCAAGGCCUUUGUUCCUGAUAUAAUGGAGCGUAUUCACACAGUUGUUCAGGUAUCAGUAUGCAAAUUUAUUUGUAGUUUCUAUACAAGUCGCCAAAUUUCACUUUAA